ACAGUCGAGAGUAGAGGGAAGGGUAGCCCAAGAGGCCAGAGGCGAAGAAAGAGAGAAGGCGAUAAGCGCAGCGAGAGAGGAGGAUGUGCGGAAGGGUUCGCUGCACCCUCCAUGUCCAUCAAGUCGCCCGCGCUUGCGGCCUCACCUCCGGAGACGACGCCUCCUCGCUCCCUGCCCGCCAAAUGGAUCGUUACCGGCCGUCGUACAACGUGUCGCCAGGGGCAUGCCUGCCGGUGGUGCGGAAGGCAGCCGUUGGAGAGGAGGCAGCGCCGGCCAUCCACUGCAUGAAGUGGGGCCUCGUGCCGAGCUUCACCAAGAAGACCGACAAGCCCGACCACUACAAGAUGUUCAAUGCCAGGUCUGAGUCGAUCAAGGAAAAAACUUCAUUUCGCCGGCUUCUUCCUACUAAUAGGUGCCUUGUGGCUGUUGAAGGGUUCUAUGAAUGGAAGAAAGAUGGCUCUAAGAAGCAACCGUACUAUAUUCAUUUUGAGGAUCAAAGACCUCUUGUGUUUGCUGCUCUUUAUGACUCUUGGAGCAAUUCAGAAGGAGAGAUCCUUUAUACAUUUACAAUCUUGACUACUCGUUGUUCAGCUGCUUUGGAGUGGCUUCACGAUAGAAUGCCUGUGAUCUUGGGAAAUAAGGACUCUAUUGACAUCUGGUUAAACAGCUGUGCCAUGAAUUUUGAAGCAGUUCUCAGACCUUAUGAAGGUCCUGAUCUGGUUUGGUACCCUGUGACACCUGCAGUUGGUAAGCGAUCCUUUGAUUGUCCAGAGUGCAUCAAAGAGAUACAGCUGAAACCGACAGGUGACAAGCUUAUAUCAAUGUUCUUCACAUUGAAGCCUGCUGCUGCUGAUCAGUCAGAGAAAGGAGGAACCCAGAAACCCUCCAGUGAAUUAUCCCAAACUCAUUAUUCGACUUGUAGUGUGAAAGGGGAACAUCUCUCUAAUGAAUAUGAGGAACCUAAAAAGGAUGAAAAGACUGUGCAGUCUGAUGACUUCGCCUCGCCAAAGAUGGAAACUGGACAGCAAGAAAUUUGUGGCAUCAAGCGAGAAUUUGAGGAAAUCACAGCUGAUUACAAACCAAAAGUGGAGAACAUUAGUAGCUGGCCCUGCAGUCCAGCGAAAAAGAAGGAAAGAACCACAAAGAAUGCAGGGGAAAGACAAGCAUCAUUGCUUUCUUAUUUUGGAAAGAAAUAGAUCUUUUGCGGUUUCUGGAGUGGCUUCCUUUUGGUGUAUCAUAUGCAAACUUACAGGUUUUGUGAACACUCCUGAAACAAAAUGAAGGUUCGAGAAUGUUUCUAGUGCCUGAAAGGUACACUUGUCAUACUUGGCCUGAAUUUUAUAGUAGAUUUUACUCCUACUUUCUGAUAUUUUCUACAUCAACCUUUUAACCAAGGGUAUUUGUUUCUUAAA